AUGGACUCGGAUCGGUUCGGGACGCCCGAGCACGCGCGACGGUACGAGCCCGGCAGCGGCAAUGUACUCAGCUACUUUGCGAGCAUUGGAACGCCCGAUGUUUCCAAGCAGAGCGACUGUGCGCGCCGCUCGGCGGGCGUGCGACGCUCUGAUCUACAGCCAAAGAAACAGCAGGCACCAGUCAAAGUGUUUGACGACUUUGUGAUCGAGAACCAGACCGAGAACGGCUACCGCAGUAGUGAAUUGAGUGUGGACAAUGCAGCAGAGCUCAAGUCGUACGCGAUGAGCUUCUUGCCGCCGAGUCACAGUCUUAAGAAGUCGAGGAGGGAGGCGAACGUCGCUGCCCAGACGUCUACUGCAGGCCGCUCGACGUACAGAAGCUCAAGCUCAAUGGCGAUGAGUGACAGGACUGAUGGUUUCAUGGAAGAGGAGGAGUCGUACUCGCCCGUGACAUCGUCGGUGAAGUUCCUUAUGAGUCGAGACCCUGAGGAAGAGGAGCGAGUGCUGAGCUCCAAGUCGGAUAAAGACAAGGUGUACUUAUACAAAAAGAGAUACAUUGACACGUACGAGCACGCAGUUGCAUUGCUGAAACAUGCAGCAGCGCUCGAGCGCGAACGAGUGGACAAGCAGUCGGAUCUUGAGUACUUAAGGUCGACGAUAAAAACUCAGACGCAGAUCAUUAAUGCGCUGAGUGAAAACCAGCAAUUGAGUGGACCGACCGAUAUCCAGCAAGAGAAGAAGAUUCAGUCUUUGUGCCGUGAGGUCACAGGCCUCGUGAUGCAGCUGAGUCAGCGCAACUCGCUUAUCGAUGACUUGCACGAAGAACGGGAUCGGUCAGCGAAAACGAUUGACGACCUCAGGAUGUCACAGGGACUUAGCUUGAGUAGCGUGAGUACAGGAAUGCAAUUUUCGGAUGAUUUUCAAGACAAAAUGGAGACCGCACUUCGUGAGAAGCAAGAGGCUCUAGAGAGCGAGGCUCAUGUGUUGGCCCAGCUGGAAGAUCUGAAACUACUUUACGAGAAGUGUGAAGCUGCGCGUUCAGCUCUUUCCGAUGGACUCGAUCGAGCUGAAAAGCAGACGACAGCGUUACACGCUCAGUGGGUUCAGGAAAAGAAAAGGAUGUUGGCAUCAGUACAACAAGACAAUCAGAAGUUGAUGAAUCUUGCAGCAGAGUGUGAGCGACUGCGAAACGAGAACAGAGACGUAAAGAAUUCUCUCUUUCAGUCUUUGAAGAAUGAGAAAAAGUAUUUGUCGACAAUUGGGACCCAACGGCAAGCUAUUGACAGGUCUCAAUUGCACGUUUCGCAAUUGCAAUCUGAGCUGAGUGAGUUGCAGUCGCAAUCGCGAAUGUUGAGUGAUAAAGAAACAAAGACAAAUUUGCUCGAAAGCGAUUUAUCUGGGUCAAAGGAGAAGCUCCGACGCUGUUCGGCCCACGUGAGCGAGCUCAAGGAACUGCUUAAGCAAAAGGAAGAGGAGGUCCAAGCUGUCAAAGCGCAAUUUCUGGAGCGUGCAGCUGUGUUGAAGCAGAGGGUAUUUGAUGCUGAAUCAGUUCGACGAAGCCUCCAUAACAAGGUGAUGGAACUGAAAGGCAAUAUCCGUGUAUUCUGUCGCGUUCGUCCGGUUUUGCGGCACGAACUCGCACGUUCAAAGGGUGAAGAGAUUUUUGCAUUUCCCGACUACGACACGAAGCGGCGACAAAUCGAACUUUGCGCAAACCCAAAAUCUCAUGUUGGCUAUGGCCAAAAUGGAUCGAGGGGCGUUGUCAAAAAGUACAGCUUUGGCUUUGAUCUUGUGUUUGGCAACGAGUCUUCGCAAGAAGAUGUGUUCUUGGAAGUAUCCGCGCUGAUUCAGUCUACUUUGGACGGGUACAAUGUGUGCAUUUUUGCCUACGGUCAAACUGGGUCCGGGAAAACUUAUACGAUGCAAGGAAAGGAGGAAGAUUGUGAUUCUAAUAUGAUGGAAUCAUCACCAGACAUGGGGAUCGUUGGUCGUGCAAUUUCUCACAUCUUCGCCAGCAUUGAUGACAUGAAACUAAGCGGAUGGAAUUUCGUUGCCAGUUUGGAAUUGGUUGAGAUUUACAACGAAACCCUUCGCGAUCUGCUUGCCCCCACUGAAUCUACGGAUAAAGUAGAGCUCCGUCUUGAUAGCGAGGGCAAGACUACUGUGAUGAAUUCGUGCGUCCACAACGUGAAGAAUGAGCAAGAGGCAUGGAGCCUUCUGAGAGAGACAAUGUCCAAGAGAUCGACGAAAUUUACUAAAAUGAAUCAUCGAUCUUCACGCAGCCAUUGCGUCAUCACGUUCAGGCUUAGCGGGGUUAAUUCGUUGACAGGGGACCAACGGACAGGUGUUAUAAAUCUUGUCGACUUGGCGGGAUCCGAACGUUUAUCAAAAUCAGGUAGCGAUUGCAACAAGGAACUUUUGAAGGAGGCUACAUCGAUCAACAAAAGUCUUUCAGCAUUAGGAAACGUCAUAUGCGCCCUCGCAAAAAAGUCGACGCACGUCCCAUUCCGUGACUCAAAGUUGACGCACUUUUUGAGUUCCUCGCUUGGCGGAGACAGCAAGACGCUUAUGAUCUGUAACCUGUCGCCGCUAGGGGAGCACCGUGACGAGACGCUCAACUCACUUCGGUUCGCUAAAAUGGUGAAUUCUUGUGAGAUCGCGUACCCGUCCACGGUAUCCAGUCGAUCGUAG